AUGUUCCAUGUCAUACUACUCACGUUCCCGUAUCUGCUGAAAUUGCGAUUGAAGCUGAACGAGCUCAAGAUGUCUGGCGUGCUCUUCCUUGGUCGGCCCGAGUGUUUCUAUCUACCGCGCACCGACGUGGACCUGAUCACAGUUGUCGGCAAGCCCAUCGCUUUGCCGAGCAGUGAGCAUCCGACCAAAGACGACGUCAGAAAGUAUCAUGACCAGUACGUGGAAGCGCUGCAGCAACUUUUUGAUCGCCACAAAGGAGCCUAUGCAGUUGAUCCGGCAGCCAGACUAGAAAUUUACUACUAA